AUGGCGCGGUACUUAGUGAGGAUCGUUCUCUUGGGAGCCCAGUCGGUUGGCAAGGCGUUCGCGAAGACGGUGCGCCAGGAGAUCGAAGCCCACAGGGAGGCAGCCCGGAUGCAUGCGGCGCAGUCCGACCCCUGCACGCGCACCAAAUCCGAUGCUGCGCUCAAUGGUAUGACGCUGGCGGAGGCGCAGUCGAUUCUGAACGUAAAGGAUGUGCUGGAUCGCCGAGAAGUCGAGAACAGAUUCCAGCACUUGUUUCAGGCCAAUGAGACGAAGACAGGCGGCUCAUUCUACAUUCAAUCGAAGGUCUUUCGGGCCAAGGAACGUAUCGAUGAGGAAAUCAAAAAGUUGGAAGCACAGACAAAGUCACAGGUUCAAUCAGAGUCGAAGUAG